AUCCUCUACUCCUUUUCUAACUUUUUAAUUUCCUCUGUCACUGCAAUAAUAUAAACGCCUCUUUACGCACUCACACAUAUACACAAAUAUCUUGCCAUUAUUUCAUUUACCGCUUUUUUGUUUAAAACCCAGAUAUCUACAUACUUUUUUCUUCAAAAUACAAGGAUGAGCAAAGUGAGCAAAGGCUGGACAGCACCUAUGGCUAUUCCCAGGACAUUUGCGCCUUCUGCAUCUGCCAAAACACUCACCCCACAAAAGAGCUGCGAACCGCUGGUCUCACUGUCAAAAGCAACUGUGGAAUGCAGACACUCGUCCUUUUCAGCGCCAAGCGAAGGCAGCGAGGCUGAUCAACCCCCCGCACUUUCUUCAUCUCUCACGUCAAUCUCCUCUUCCUUUUUUAACAUCGAGUCCUUCCCCUCCAGGGUCCUUUCUCUUUCCAAACCUCGAAACCAAUUUGAACAAUUUUUCGAAAUUUUACCCGAAUCCACCGAGCCACCCCCAACUCUCAUUAACCGCCUCCAAGGUCCCUAUUUCAUGGAAAACAGCGACCCUGAAGUGUCGCCAGAGCCAACGCCACUCGAACACUCGUAUACGGCGCCGGCCUCUCUGGUCAGGAAUUUGCGCAAAUUAGCUUCAUUCACUGGAGUGUCCAAGGAAGAACCUCCGACUCAGACUCUGCCGCCAACAAGGAUAGAGUCUCUGACAUCGCGUCUGUUUCGCUUUGGGCGCAGUAAGCACGCAGACGAGCAGCAUUUGGACGAAAACCACAGCAGUAGCUACACUGGAGGCAGCAGCAGCCAAGAGUUGUUAGCUCCACUUGCUUUGGCAGAAUUGGAUGUACAUAAUGACCCAAAGAGCCACCGCGUGUCUACUGAGAAUACAGAUAGUGUUGAUAAUUUGGAGAUUGGGAGGCUGGAUGCCACUGCGUGCGCGACACAGGAGGCCAUGGACACGCCUUUGGCUGUCCCACAUGUAUUCACUGCGGAUCCACACGUUGGGAUUAUCGCUGCAAGUGCUCCGGUGCAGCAGCAAUUGCCGCCACGCCGGCCUGUACAACUACAGGGCCGUAACGAGGACACUCCAAAGGUUCUAACAGCGACAAUUGCAGAGGAGUUGCGGCUAUUGCUUCCUGUUCAGCAGCGUCUGGCCAAGGGUUGGCGCCUUGUUUACAGCAUGGAUCAACAGGGCACCAGCAUGCACACAAUGCUCGCCAUGUGCGAAAAUGAAAAGGAGCUGAUGCUAGUCAUAAAAGACACAAAAGGAAGAGUUUUUGGGGCGUAUUUAAAUGAGGCACUGCAGCUGAAGCCAAAGUUCUAUGGAGAUGGCACAUGUUUUUUGUGGAAGGCAUACAGAUCCAGCCCCCAGUCGCGCAAAAAGGAUGCCGUCAAGGCAUUCAAGUACUCUGGCGACAACCAAUACUUUAUACUAUGCGAUCCUGAUUUUGUGGCCGUAGGCGGUGGCCGCGGCAAGUUUGGUUUGUGGUUCAAAAGCGAUUUCCUACACGGCUACUCUGCUCGCUGUCCGACAUUUAACAACGAGCCGCUUUGUCUUGAUCCGUCGCACCCUCGGAACCGGGACACAGACGCCCAGCAAGAAUUCAUAGUCGGACACUUGGAGCUAUGGGCAUUUGACGUUUAACUUUUUUUUGAAGCAAGGGGAGCGUUAUACAUUAAUUAUCAUUUGUAACUUUUUGUCAUUAUCUAAAUUGUUCUAUUUUUUUAAAAAAUAAAAAAAUAAAAAAAAGUA